AAAAAAUAUCUAAAAGAACUGUAUAGAAACCCUAACAUGCUAGACCCGAUGUGACUUAAAUAUUUACGUAUAGUUACAAAAUAAAUUAUUAUUAUUAAGACAGUUUAAGUGAUCUUGAAUAUAAAAGAUCACUGGUUGUCAGGAGCUGAAUCUUUUAGUGUGCUCUCCUUCAUGUAUUACCCUGUUGAUGGUUCAGCAGACUGGAUGCAUGUUCCACUCUGACCGCAUCUCUCACCUGUCAACACAGUGCGACACGCGACAAACAGGUUUAACAAGAUUCCCAUGCUACAGUAGAGCUAGGAUAUAAACAGGACAGAGCCGCCGUGUGAGAAGGUCUAUGUUGUUUGUGCAGGUUAUUUCUCUGAGGAACAUGACCGUUAAACAUUUCUCAAUCGAAUAUGAUGCAGUCAACAGCGAGAACACUUUCACAAACGGAGAUACCAUCAACGGACGGAUCAUCGUGGAGGUUUCCAAGCAAACCAAAAUCCAGUCGCUCGUUUUUAUAGCGCAAGCAAAAGCUCGGGUCUGCUGGCGUGAAGAUCAUGGCAACCAACAACACAUUUACUGGGCUGAGGAGGAAUAUUAUAAUAUUCAAGAGCACAUCGUAAGAGAAUCAAGACAAGAUGGCACUGAGGUCAUUGACAGAGGAAGACAUAUUUUUCCAUUUGUCUUCCAGAUUCCUGACAGGAACAUCCCAUCAUCUUUCAAUAGCCCCACAGGAAAAAUAGUUCACAAGGUGAAGGCAGAGCUUAAACACUCACUGAAGUUGAUGAAAAGCGCCAAAGCCUACUUCCUAUUUACAUCCAAAACAGAUAUGAAUAUUUCUGGACUCAUGGAACCUCAACAGGAUUCCAAGGAUAAAACUAUCAAAGUUUUUGGCUCCGGAACCAUUUCAAUGCAUGUUCGCACCCAGCGGAUGGGUUUCAGUCAAGGGGAGGCUCUCCAGGUCACAGUCGAUAUCCUCAACCACUCAUCUCGUUCAGUGAAGCCCAGGAUCACACUGUAUGAGAAACAGAGCUUCAUUGCCCAGAGAACCAGAACGGUUCGACCCAAUGUGAUCCAAAAGGAGAAGCUGGCGUCCGUAGCCUCCUCCAGUCGCGAGACCGUGACCAGGUUGAUCAGCAUCCCUGCAGACCUGCCUCCCUCCAUCCUCAACAGCUCCAUCAUCAAGCUGGAGUACAGGCUGAAGGUCCAUCUGAACAUCAAAUGUGCUUCAGACCUAGAGGUCAAAGUUCCUGUCGUCGUCCUCCCUACGCUGGGUGUUCCAAGACAACCCCCUCCUUAUAGCUUUGAACCAGAAGCGUAUGAGAUCCCAAACCAAGAGGACUGGAGCGCCACACCGCAGCAGGCAGCGUUCCAACCAGUGGAUUCCCCACCUUCCUAUAAGACAUACACUCUGUACCCACACCCCUACUGACACUGACAACUCUAACACUGUCUCACCUGCAGCAGGACUCUGGUGGACCUGUAAAGAGACGUCGAUGUGUAAUACGCGCUGUGUUCUACCUUAGAUCCACACACUGCAAAUACCACAUGAAGGAUAUUAUUGUAUAUAAGGUCAUGACAUUUAUUCUGCUUAAGAAACCCAAACCUGCCAUGCAGUAGCACUUUUUUAGUUCAGAGUUCAAAGUUGAAGAAUUGUGAUUUUUUUUAACUUUAUUUUUUCAAUUUUUAACAUAUACAUUUCUGAAAAAAACAUAACAAUAAGCUAAUGAAAUAAAAUAUUAAAUUACA